AUGUCUUCGCUUAAUUGGCAGCGGCUAUGGAAUGCCCUGUACGAUUAUUGGGAACAGUGCUCUGGUCUUGCGGAUGAGAUCAAGCAUUCCCUCGAAAAGCCUGAACAGGCUCCGCUCGACUCCAAAAAGCCGAAUUGGCUGCUCUAUUAUGGCGCGACUUUUAACCCCCCACACAACAUCCACAUGCGGGUCAUUCAAAUUGUCCACGGGUUUUGCGUUCAAUAUUCCAAGGAUCGCGGUGACUUCGCUGUGGCUGGAUCAAUGAUUGGCUGCUCUAGUGAUACCAAUGUAAAGAAGAAGACCCGUGAGCAGAAUAAGCAUUUCGGUGUUGAGAAUAUUAUCCCUCUAUCCAGCAAAGUUCGGCUUCAAUUAUGGGUCCAAGGUUUUAUUGACAUGGGCGUCACCAACGCAUCCGUUAGUGGAUUCAGCGAUUGGGAACAAGUGUGGGCCUUGCGUGAUUUCCUCCAAUCUUGGUGGAAUGGGAUGUUUAGAUUCCACUUCGUGCGAGUAAUGAAGCUGGACGACACCAAAGCGAAUCAGAACUCUGUCUUCGAGGACUCUGAAGGAGAUGAUGUUUUUGAGCCGCUGUACUCCGGCACCAAGCCAGGCAGUGGUGAAGCGCCGAGGGGUCAUGGCCGCCCCGUAGGUAUGCAAACCACGAUUGUCACGGAUAUUGGUGGUCAAGGUUCCUGGAUGUCUGAUAAUACCCGGCAGCCGAGGAAACUUCGCCAAUAUGAACCGUGGAUACAAAUCGAAGGGAGAUUCGACUCUUCUAUACAGAGUGUUUGGAAAUGUUCUCGUAAGGAAGAGACCCAUGAAGUCAUCUUUAUCUGUGCGGAUGCUGGCCCUAAGGGGAGUAGAGCGGUACAAUCAGUGGAUUGUUGGCGGAUUAUUUCUAACCCUGAAUAUGACGACGACAAGAAGAUCACAGAAUUGAGGGCGGCCGGGUUCUUAGCACCUUCAACUCUGUUACAGAAAGUGAAGGAAAUGAUGAACCACCGAGGCGGUUCUCCUGCAAGAUACGAGAAUCUGAGAACUUAA